CCACCAAAUUCCUUCCUAUCUCCAUUCUCCAACGCACAUUGCUCUGUUUUCUGCUCUCUCGAAAACAGAGUGACCACAAUCAAUACCUUAACAGACGCAGCAUUAAGAGUAAAGCACCCGCUGUUUUUUACUCUUGUACCUUCCAUUCAUACCCCAUUUCUCCCCAACAUUCACUACUCCAAAGCCUCCUCCCAAGCUUCGCCGCCGUCCUCCUCCUCUCAACUCUUUCAGGGCACGGUGAACAGCUCUUGGAUUGAUAUCUUUGGCAAUCAUUUUGAGUUAUUAUAUAUCUGUGGAGAUCAUCAAGGGGGCAAACUUAGCAAAAAGAUGAUGUUGAUGAGGAAAAGGCUUGCUUGCUGCACUCAUGAGAGAGAGAUUAGCCUUGACUUUGAUGAACAAGAUGACCUUCCAGGGGUAACGACCUAUAAUGGCCUUGAGAGUUGCAUUCACAAUAAUCAAUCUUAUGAAAAUGAGAGCAGCACAAGCAGAGGAGAUGGAUGUGCGUUGGACUCCUUGGAUGAUGAUUUUUCAAGCUGUUCUUCUAGCAAAGAUGCUUUUGGAUCAUUUUCUUCCAAGUGGCUGCCAGUGAAGAGAGAUGAACAGAACUUAGAUGAAUGGGAGCUCUCAGAGAGCCCCCAACAUUUUUAUGUCAAAGAGAAACCUGCUUAUGCUGCUCAAUUCUCAGUCUCAGAUGUUGAAACAAUGAAGGAAAAAUUUGCUCAUCUGUUAUUGGGGGAAGAUAUUACUGGUGGAAGUAAGGGUGUCAACACAGCUUUAGCAUUGUCGAAUGCCAUAGCAAAUCUUGCAGCUUCUAUCUUUGGGGAAUUAUGGAAAUUAGAGCCAUUGUCUGAAGAAAGGAAGAACAAAUGGCGACGAGAAAUGGACUGGUUGCUCUCUCCUACAAACUAUAUGGUUGAGUUAGUGCCUGCUAAGCAAAAUGAUGCUAAUGGUCGAACUUUGGAGAUAAUGACACCAAAAGCCCGAGCAGACAUUCACAUGAAUCUUCCAGCACUUCAAAAGUUGGACUCCAUGCUGAUUGAAACACUAGAUUCAAUGGUGAACACAGAGUUCUGGUAUGAAGAAGUUGGAAGCCGAGCAGAGGGAAGAAACAAGAGUGCCAGGGAGAGUAAGAGGUGGUGGCUUCCAUUACCACAAGUACCAAAAGCUGGGCUCUCUGACACUGGAAGGAAGAAAUUGAUAUGUAGGGGUAAGGUGGUACAUCAAAUAUUCAAGGCAGCAAAAUCCAUCAAUGAAAGUGUGCUGCUUGACAUGCCUGUGCCAGCCAUUAUCAGGGAUGCACUUCCGAAGUCUGGGAAGGAAAACCUUGGUGAAGAUCUACACAGGAUCUUGAGUGCAGAUUCCAGCUCACCUGAGGAUAUGUUCUCUUCCCUCAAUUUAAAAUCUGAACACAGUGCCCUUGAGACCAUUAACAGAUUGGAAACUGCUGUGUUUGCAUGGAAAGAGAGAAUUACAGAACAAGUGAGCACUAAGUCACCAGUUCGUACAUCAUGGUCCUUCAUUAAAGAUCCCAUGGUUGAGCUGGAUAAGAUGGAGUCUCUACUAAACCGAGCAGAAACACUACUACAGAAGAUCAAGAGCAGAUAUCCAAACCUUCCCCAAACAUUUCUUGAUGCUACAAAAAUUCAAUAUGGCAAGGAUGUUGGGCAUUCCAUUCUAGAAGCAUAUUCUCGCGUACUUGGAAACUUGGCCUUUAGCAUUCUGUCCAGGAUAGGAGAAAUUCUUCAAGAAGAUGUUUUGAGCAACCCCAGUACUCCUGUGGCAAGGUCUUACUUUCCAGAAUCUCCAAUGCCUGGUCUCCAUGUAAGGCAUUCACUCAUUGAUCAGAUGAACAGGGCAGAUGGAAAGCACCGGGACUCACUUUCAAGCAUCAACUCUGAUUUGGAGUUCACACAGGCUGCUACAGCAAGCUCUACCUAUGCAACACCUAGUAGGAGUCGAGUGUGGUGCAUUGGUAAAGAGGCAUGUAUAGGGGUGUCUCCUAGAAAUUCCCCUUGAUAUGAAGAGUAAGAUUUGAAUAUUCUCUAUUGUAAAUGAGCUAUAUAUCAAAUGCUUAUUGAGAUAGAAAUUUUGGGUAAUGCAUCUCCUUUGCUUCAAAAAACAAUUCAAGUAUAUGGUAUAUUUAAAGGCUAUAGCAGCCUCAUACAUGAUAAUUGUCUCUGUUCAUGUCUGAAUUAUUAGUUCCUAAAAAAAAUUCAGUUUGCUA